UGAGCACAGACGUCCAGCGUAUUGUAGUGUGUGCAGCAAGAAGGAGAAUGGUGAAACAUGGUGAGGUUAUGAUCGAGUCUCUAACUUUCCGCGUCCUCGUGUAACGGGGUGGGUCCAGCGUUGGUUUCGCUGGUUAAAUAUCCUUCAGCCUGACCGCUGGCAGUCUGACUCCUGGCCGUUUUCACGGGGGGAGUGUAAGUAAAUGAAAGCGUUGUUGGGAGCCGUUGAACAAAGAGCUUUUCUUCCUUCUACUAUUGUUUCCAAGUGGAGCGCCUGUUUUCCAUCCGAUCCAAAGGCGGUUUCGAACCGUAAAACGGCUUCUGGGGGGACAGUCCACGUGGCCACUGCUUGUUGAGAUUGCCAUGCUGCUUCUGUUGACAGGUGAGGGGUGGCUUGUGCUCCAGUCAUGACCUCUGGGAAUGGGAACACUAACAGCACCCAACACAAUGGAGAGCAUAAACCCGCCCAGGCCAUAGUCAAGUCUCACAUCCUCACCCAUCUCAUAGAAGGCUUUGUUAUCCAGGAGGGUGCUGAGCCUUUCCCUGUGGAACGUCCAUCUUUCUCAAUAGAGAGUCUAAGAAGGCAUACGGCAGACUCAAGCAUGGACGGCCUGUCAACAAAGGAGGUAAAGGGCCAGCAGGAGCCCAUGCUGACCUGUGAGUUGUGCGGUAGGGUGGAUUUUGCCUACAUCUUCAAAAGGUCUAAGAGGUUCUGUUCUACAGUGUGUGCUAAACGCUACAAUGUGGGAUGCACAAAGCGAAUGGGUCUGUUCCCAAACCGCAAAACCACCCUGGAGAACAUGAAGAAACAAAAAGCUCUGAAUGGAAAUCACAAAAACACCAUCUUAGAAUCUAAAAAGAAGACUGCUCCCUCUGUUCAGAAGCCUGCCACUGCUCUAUCUACUGUUCACUCAGUUCACCCUGCACAAGGAGAAUCACAUCAGUGUUCAGAUUUGUCUGGCUACAAAAGACCCCUUUCCCCUGUGUCAGCUGCCCAGAGGGUGCCUGUGGUACAAGCCUCUGAGCUGCCCCUGCUGACCCAUGGCUUCCUUCCCAGUGAUCCAGGCCAGUGGAACAUAGAGGACGUUUUUGAGUUCAUCUCUUCUUUGCCAGGCUGUCUGGAGAUUGCUGAGGAGUUCCGCUCUCAGGAGAUAGACGGACAGGCCCUGCUGCUGCUGAAGGAGGACCACCUCAUGGGAACCAUGAACAUCAAACUGGGGCCUGCGCUCAAGAUCUUUGCUCAGAUCAGCAUGCUCAAAGACUCAUAGCCCAUCCCACCCAACACAUACACACGGUUCUCAACGGCAGCUCAGCUAUUACUGGACUAACAGGAUGUGCUCAGGAUUCCCCGUGUCAAUUAGCUCUAAGCUGAGUUCAAAUCCCAGGCCGGCAUUGGUUGAUGUUGAUGCUGACCUAACCACCCCACUGUUUACACUGAUAACUUCACUGUGGCACUACUUCAGCUGUGGUUGGAGAGGGAUGCUGUGUUAUCUAGGCAGUGUAGAAAAAUGUUUAUACAUUUAGUUUUUUAUAGUGUGUUACCUUACCUUAGGUUUAGCAUUUGAUUUGUUCUGGAGCAUGACUGUGAAGACUUCAGAUGGGUGCUUGCUGUUCGGCCCCAUAUUCCAGGAUCACUCUGUGCAUCCUGCAUAGAGUCGGUUAUUCCUGACCCAGGACCUUUGGAACGCCUGGAAGGCUUUACUACUGACUCCUUGAACUUUGGAUGCUUCUGUGUCUAGGCAGCUCAGUAUUUGAGCUGUGGGAAAAUAGGAACUUCAAAAAAUAAAUAAAAUCAGUAUUCCAUGAAAGUUGGUAAAAACUCUGUAAACGUUAAAGAUGCUGAAGCCAGGGAAAUCAUAAAGAAAGUAACUAUUCAUUUAUUCAGUUUGAAUAAAGGGCUGUGAUUAAAAAAAAAUUGUGUAAAAUUAAAUUCUUGGCUGGACAUACGGUAAUUAAAAUAAGCUUUGUCCAGACCAUCUGCUUUCCACAGCAUUCAGAUGGAAGGUGUGGAGCUAGCAGUGCCAUAGCCAGGCUUUCUUUGUUUAGAUGGUUGAAGUCCCUGUGAGAGAGAGCAGCUAUGAAAACAGAUUUAACUGCCUCAGCAGGCUGCCUGGAUUCUGUGUGCUCACCUAAAGGGCCAUUUAAACCGUACAAAACGGAACAAUCAAGGAUGGACUCCUAAGCCAAGACAAACGAGGAGUGCACUCAUCUUUACUAUGAUAACUAGUAGGUGUGUCUGCCACCACUCAGCUGAAACUGUUGUGAAACUGCUGUAAAGUAGGCCUUUUAGGGUGGUCUUCAGGGUUACAGAAUUGUCUCAUAUAAUGCUUUUCCAAAUGAGUUCUGACAGAAUAUACUGCCAGCUUGACAGCCAGCCUCUUAAGUACUUAAAUGAUGUCUUUAUGAAAGUGACAUGCUUCAUUGCUGUGUGCCAGCAGUACAGUCUUUAACUGGUCCCAGACUCCAGUCUUUGCUCUAAGCCAGACAACAUUGGGAUUGUCAGAAAAUGCCUUGAUCAAAUGAGCAGUUUGCUUAUUUGUUUUUUGAUUAUCACUUUAGCAAGAUUUACAAACACACUCAGUGACCGUCCUGCAGCAGAGCUGCUGUCUCCAGGUUGAGGCUGACCGCGUGAGCAUCCAUAAAACUGAUGGUGUCCACUGAUUCAGUCACAUUUCAGUUCACCUGCGUGCACUGAUGAAGCAGCCCUCUGCUCUGCGUCAGACAAAGCGAAUGAGUGCACACCUGCCUUUCCUGGUGUUCCAGGCUGAGUUCCUGCACACAGAGGCUGAGUGCACUGAGUGUCUGUGCUGUGGUUGUUCAGGGUGAUGGGAAAGCCAUUUUGGAUGCUGUCAUCUUACUUUUACCAAAGUCAGUUGGAAGUGGAGCCAAACAGCUGUCAUAACCUGCUUAUUUCAAACAAAUACCACAAAAUGCCAGAAUUUGUUUAACAAAAUAUAAAUAUUCUAUUUUUUAAAGGGGGAAAAAUUCAUCACAUUUUAAAAAGUCUCACACCACUACGUCCCAAAGUAGCCAUAGUUUCCCCUCAGCACAGAGUGUUGACCAGGACCGUCUCACAGUUAAUCAGCAUUAAACAGCUCAGUGGCAGCUGACGUACAGCAGUGAGUUUUCACACGGAGAACUGUUUAACUGAAUAAAGUCGUUAGAUGAGAGAAAAGGAUCACUUCUAAAUGUUUUCACUGCAUUUUUUUUUAUGACUGUUACUUUUGGGGGUGUUAUCACAACUCAAAGGUGUGUUAAGAGUUUGCAGCCACAGCUCACGGUCUUCAGCGUUUCUCUGUCCUCUGCUCUCCUGCCUGUGACCUUGAAAUCAGCCUCAGCACCCUAUGUUGAGCCCCCCAAAAGGACAGAGGAGUGGGGAAGCUUGCUCAAAGUGCUCUAAUUGAGGGUUCACAGGUGUACCCUUUACCUGUGAUGUAUGGAAGAGGCAUGUCACACCACUGGACUACUGGGAAGAGGACUCUGCAUAUAUUACUUUGUAUUCAUAGGUUCAUUUAUUUAAGUUAGCAACUGAUUGAUCAAAGUUUCUGCCCUUUACUGUUUGUAUUAAAAAAGGUUAU